ACGCGCCAUUCUUUUUACAGUCUAUGGAAAACACCGAGGAACAUUACAGCUGAAUAAAAAACCAAAAUGUUUUCAGCGGAGAAGUUUAGAGAUGUCAACGAGCGGCCAACUGCUGCAGCUGAGGAAAUAUGUGACGAUGCUACAAGAGCUGCCGUCGAGAACGAGGCAGAGAUCAACCGUCAGCGCAGAAUGCUGGAUAUCGAUUGGAGCCCUCACAACAGAAUAGACGUCCCACACCAACAUGUGUGUAAGGAGGAGGAGGUUGAGCAGCAGCUCUGUCACCAGGAGAGGAAGUCUAGUCUGGACCAGGAGGAGUCAGAGCCUCCACAGAUUAAAGAGGAGCAGGAGGAAGAGUGGAUCAAACAGGAGGAGACUGACACAUCAGCUUUGAAUCUUCACAUUAUUACUUACACAGACGUCCCACAGCAACAUGUUUGUAAGGAGGAGGAGGAGGAGGAGGAGGAGGAGGCGGAGGAUGAGCAGCAGCUCUGUCACCAGGAGAGGAAGUCAAGUCUGGACCGGGAGCCAGAGCCUCCACAGAUGAAAGAGGAGCAGGAGGGAGAGUGGAUCAAACAGGAGGAGACUGACACAUCAGCUUUGAAUCGGCACACUCUUACUCACACAGACGUCCCACAGCAACAUGUGUGUAAGGAGGAGGAGGUUGAGCAGCAGCUCUGUCACCAGGAGAGGAAGUCCAGUCUGGACCAAGAAGAGCCAAAACCUCCACAGAUGAAAGAGGAGCAGGAGGGAGAGUGGAUCAAACAGGAGGAGACUGACACAUCAGCUUUGAAUCAACACAUUCGUACUCUCACAGACAUCCCACAGCAACAUGUGUGUAAGGAGGAGGAGGAUGAGCAGCAGCUCUGUCAUCAGGAGAGGAAGUCCAGUCUGGACCAGGAGGAGCCAGAGCCUCCACAGAUGAAAGAGGAGCAGGAGGGAGAGUGGAUCAAACAGGAGGAGACUGACACAUCAGCUUUGAAACGGGACAUUCGUACUCUCAGAGAUCCCCCACAGCAACAUGUGUGUAAGGAGGAGGAGGAUGAGCAGCAGCUCUGUCACCAGGAGAGGAAGUCCAGUCUGGACCAGGAGGAGCCAGAGCCUCCACAGAUGAAAGAGGAGCAGGAGGGAGAGUGGAUCAAACAGGAGGAGACUGACAUGUUGAUAAUGACUCCUACUCAGGAGGAAAGUGAACACAGAGAAGCAUAUGGACUAAAUGAACACCAGCUCCUUUCUCACAACUCUCAUGUUGCUGAGAAUCAAGAUCCCAAAGAGAACAAGCGGAAAGAAACAGAGAUAACUGUAAAAUCAAAACCAAGACAAGAUAAAGACAGAAAACACACAGGUGAGGGGCUGUAUUCAUGUGAAGUAUGUGGAAAAGGAUUUAAAUAUAAUCAGAGUUUGAAACAACACAUGAUGGCACACACAGGUGAGAAGCCUUUCUCCUGCAGCACCUGUGGAAAAGAAUUCAGUCGGAAAUUAACUUUGAAUCAUCACCUUCACACUCACACAGGUAUAAAACCGUACACCUGUGGUACCUGUGGGACAUCAUUCACACAUAAAUGUACUUUAGACAAACACUUAAAAAUUCAUACAGGUGAAAAACCACAUACCUGCAUGAUUUGCAACAAAACUUUUAGAUUAAAAGGUGAGUUGACACUCCACAUGAGAAGACACACAGGUGAGAAGCCUUACUCCUGCAGCACCUGUGAUAAAAGAUUCUGUAAGAAAUCAGAAAUGAAUAAUCACAUUCUUACUCACACAGGUACCAAGCCGUUCACCUGUGGUACCUGUGGGACAUCAUUCACAAGAAAAUGUCAUUUGGAUCUACACAUAAAAAUCCAUACAGGUGAAAAACCACAUACCUGCGAAAUAUGCAACAAAUCUUUCAGACAUAAACAUUCAUUGACAGCCCACAUUAGAAGACACACAGGUGAGAAGCCUUACUCCUGCAGCACCUGUGGGAAAAGAUUCUGUACGAAAUCACAUUUGAAUCUGCAUAUUAAAACUCACACAGGUACAAAGCCAUACACCUGUGGUACCUGUGGAAUAUCAUUUACCAGGAAAUGUUUUCUGGACAAGCACUUAAAGAUCCAUGCAGACAAUAAUGUGUCAACUCCCUAAACAUGUGGCAGGUCUCUAAGAAUUGGUGCUGACUUGAUGGUUCAUGAGAGAAGAACUGACACCUUGAACAUAGCCAUGCACAUUCUAGAAUAGUCAUGUAGACAAGGCUGCUCAUAAGGGGAGAGAUGAAGGGAGAGCUUUCUGAGGCCCAGCCAAACUGGAGCCCAUAGAGGUCACCAAAAUCCUCAAGUUAAGCUGUGAUAACCAUAUUUCAUUUUUUUACCUGAAUAAAAACCACUAUUAUCAAAGUAACAUAUAUUGUUUUGGUUAAUUUGUGCCAUAGUACAUCGCUAUCUUAAAAAUGGAAGUCCCUUUUCUUAAAAAAACGAAUUAAAAUGGGUUAAAAAAUGGAUAAAGAUUGGAAGAAAGGGUGGUGAACUGGGAUUUUAGAAGUAGAUGAAAGUGGCAGAAACAGGCAUAAGGUGGUAAAAGGAGUUAAUAGUGGCAAUAUUGCCUUAAAAUUGUCAGACAUUUGUGGAAAAUGUGGUGAAAUGGAAUCAAGAAAGGUAAAUAAUGGUUUAAACUGGCAGAAAUUGAUUUACUGAGGCAGAGAAAUAGGGAGAAUGUGGUUAAACUGGCAAAAAUGGGUACAAAAAUGGUGAGAUGUGGUUUAAAUGGACAUAGAAGUGGUGAAAAGGGUUUGAUAGUGGCAAUAAUGGGUGGGAGGUGGUAGAAAGGAUUUGAAAGAAUUGCUUAAAGGUGGAAGAAAUUUGCAGAAAUUUUGGAGAAUUGGGAUUAAAAAAGUGGAAGAAAUUGGUUUAAAGUAGCAAGAAUAUAUAAAAAGUGUACAAAAAUUUGUUUAAAAAGCAGUGAAAACUGGUUAAAAUUUGGCUGAAUUGGUGUAAAGUGGCAGAAAUGGGCUCAGAUUGUGCAAGAUGAUGAAAACUGGCACAAAUAAGUACUUUCAACUUAAAUACUUUUUAACCCAGUGAUGUUACUGACCUGUUGCCAAAUAACCUAAUUACUUGCAAAAUGAUCCUCCAGCUGUUUUUCAGUAGUACCACUUACUAUUCCAGCCUUUUG